CCCUCACACCUCAAAGUCAAACGAUCGCUCGCUCGCUCGCAGCUUUCCAGCUUUGCUUGUACCCGCGAUCGAAUUCUCGAAGCGUGGCAACGCCGCACCGGCGCAACCCUGGUCGCCAUCGUCGCCGUCGGACCUCAGGAAUUACUUGCAGUAAAUGGCUUCUUUCCGAGCUUUCCUGAACAGUCCUGUUGGCCCCAAAACUACUCAUUUUUGGGGACCUGUUGCAAACUGGGGAUUUGUGGUCGCUGGAUUGGUUGACAUGCAAAAACCGCCAGAGAUGAUAUCAGGCAACAUGACAGCAGCUAUGUGCAUAUACUCAGCGCUGUUUAUGAGGUUUGCAUGGAUGGUGCAACCACGCAACUAUCUACUUCUUGCAUGCCACGCGUCAAAUGAAACCGUCCAGCUCUAUCAACUCUCCCGUUGUGCGAAGGGUCAGGGGUACUUGUCAGAGAAGAAAGAUGAAGCCUCGUCACAAUGAUAUGUUGCUGGGUCUAUCUCUCCUCGUUCCAUUUGUCUUGUGAUUUUUUCACAGAAGUUCCUCAAAACAGUCUGCUUUUUAUGCUAUCAAAACCGCAAUCGGCAUGACUUGAGCGAUCAAAACUGGAUUUGCAUAUUUUGGUGUUGCAAUUUACAAUUUAUGUUCAACAAAUGAUGCUUACAAGUUACGAGUGCACGUACGUGAAUGGAUAGGAUCACGCUGUCUAUUUGUGCUUGCAGUGAAAAAUGACAUCAUACAAUCUA